AUAAGAGUGAAAGAAAAAGAGUGUGAAAAUGAAGAGAGUAUCAACAUCAGUUUUUGGUUUGGGAGUUUUGUUACUUCUCACAGUUGCAGCCAUGAAACCAGUGAAUGGAUUCAACUGUUUGAUAACACAAGUUUCAUUGGUGCAAUGCUUACCUUUUCUCGGCAACACUGAAGAUAUCCCUUCAACUUCUUGCUGUGAUGCAGUGAGCACUGUGAAAGCUUCAACACUUACAAAACCUGAACUUCGUGAGGCAUGUCAAUGUCUCAAGGCAACCAUCGCUCAAUUUCCUAAGCUUAACAAAGAUAGAGUCAUUCAACUUCCUAAACUAUGUAAGGUUGAUGUCGGUUUUCCCCUCACCAAAGACAUCGACUGUAACAAGAUCUCUCUUUGAGCAAGAGUUUAAAGAUGAAAUGGGACACUGAAAAUGCUGGAUUAUGCUUCCAACUUCCUUUCCUUUUCAUGAAAAAAAUAAAAAUAAUAUAAGAUUGUUUUCUCAACUUGUUACA